AUAUCUUGAGUGAGUUUGGUUCUUCCACCAGCUUAGACAAGCUCUAGAACCUGUUUUAGACAAAAUCCUCUGUUUGUUUUCCCUGUCAGCUUCAGGAACCCAACAGCCAAAAUGGAAGCCAUCAAGAAGAAAAUGCUCAUGCUGAAGUUGGACAAGGAGAACGCACUGGACCAGGCAGAACAAGCUGAGGCUGACAGGAAAGCAGCUGAGGACAGAAGUAAACAGCAUGAAGAUGAACUCCUGCAAAUGCAGAAGAAGCUGAAGUCGACGGAGGAUGAGCUGGAUAAAUACUCUGAGGCCCUGAAGGACGCUCAGGAGAAGCUGGAAGUUGCUGACAAAAAAGCAGCUGAUGCUGAGGCUGAAGUGGCUUCCCUGAACAGGCGCAUCCAGCUCGUGGAGGAGGAGUUGGACCGAGCUCAGGAGAGACUGGCAACAGCGUUACAGAAACUGGAGGAAGCAGAGAAGGCAGCAGAUGAGAGUGAAAGAGGCAUGAAGGUAAUCGAGAACAGGGCCCUAAAAGAUGAAGAGAAGAUGGAGCUGCAGGAGAUUCAGCUAAAAGAAGCUAAACACAUAGCAGAGGAAGCCGAUCGCAAAUAUGAAGAGGUGGCUCGUAAACUAGUGAUUGUUGAAGGGGAGCUGGAGCGUACAGAGGAGAGGGCAGAACUUGCCGAGGCUAAAUGUGCUGAACUGGAAGAAGAACUGAAGAAUGUCACCAACAACCUCAAGUCUCUGGAAGCUCAGGCUGAGAAAUACUCUCAAAAGGAGGACAAAUAUGAAGAGGAAAUCAAGAUUUUAACUGACAAACUCAAGGAGGCUGAAACCAGAGCUGAGUUUGCAGAAAGAUCUGUCGCUAAGCUGGAGAAGACUAUUGAUGAUUUAGAAGAUGAGCUUUAUGCUCAGAAACUGAAGUACAAAGCCAUCAGUGAAGAACUGGACCAUGCUCUAAAUGACAUGACUUCUAUCUAACCGUCCACAAUCUGGUCUGGCUUGACAAGAUCCCGUGCAGAACCCCUCCCCCCAUCACAUAUGUUCCAGUGGACGUUAUUCACUCUGUGAUGAAAGUUUGUUGUGCAUUUUGAGCUGUUAAUUGUCCGUGCCCACCAGUUCUUUACUAUCAAGUGUGACCCAAAGUAUUAAAAAAAAUCUUUGGAA